AUGUAUCGCUGUUUUUCGUCUGUUAAAAAUCGCAAAAUCGGCGUGUCGCAUGAGUGGGCUUUCCCUCUAAAGUGUUCUGCAAAACACAUGGGUGCAUUAUGCGUUUACUGUGUGCUGUUUUCACUAAAAACUGCGCAUGGUGUUAAAGGGUCAUUUACGAUAAGUUCAUUCAAGUAUGGUGGAAGUCAUACCAAUAGUAAGUGGCAUAAAGAAGUUGCCGAAACCACUCGACUGUUUCUUGAAAAUACAUCUGCUGUUGAUCAGCUGGAUAAAGCAUACAAGAAAGUUGCAGCAGAAAAUAUAAAAGUUUCAGGUUUGAUACUGAAUUCAAUAAUAUUUUGUGAUCUAGCUCGGAAAGGCAUGUGUCUUGAUGAGAGGUUAUUUAGGGAUUUAUUUAAACUAAAGAUCGAUUCAGAUGAUACAUCAUUAGAGAGCCAUUUGAGUUAA